AUGCCAUGGCAGUUUGAUAGGAGUGUUGUACAUAAUGGUCAUGCUAAUACCUACACCCUAACAAAGGAUGGAGUUUGCCAUAAGUUGAAGCCCCUGAAAGAGGUGGAAGAAAAGGACAUUGUGUCUAAAAAUGUGCCUAAAGGUUUACCAAGUGGAAGGUCUAAUGAAGUUGCAGAUGCUUUUAGUAGGAGGCAAACUUUGUUGACAAAGAUGCAGCUUGAGAAAGUUGGAUUCACAAAGGAAGCCAUUGUUGAAGUAAGAGAAAAGCAUGCUGGUCAACAGGAGAAACCAGUAGAAAUUAAGGAGAAACCAGUAGAAACUAAGAAGGAGAAACCUUUGAAGAUUCAGUUUCAGAGAAAAGGUAAGAUUGUUGAACCUCCUACUGCACCAAUUAAGGCUGGUAAAAGGAAAAAACAACAAGCACAUAAACCAGUAGAUAUUGAUGAAGAAGAGACUGAGCCCAAAGGAGAGAAGAAAGCCCUAAGGGCUAGUGGCAAAAGGUCAAAGGGUGUUGGUACUCCAACUGCAGCCAUGAAACAAGAUAGAGAAUACAUUGAAUAUUUUCUGAAAAACUUGCAACCUGAAGCUACCGAGGAAGAGCUAGAUGAAAUUAUUGCUAAGGCAAAGUCAUAUUUUAGGUUGAAGAAAAGGUUGACAAGAAUGUUAAUUGGCGAGACCCAAUCAAUCCAUGAGGAGACUGAACAAAUUUUGAAAAAGGUACCGGGUAUGAUUUCGGAUGAAGAGGAAGAAGUUAAGGAAGAUGAACCAGAGAGGUUUGAGGCUGAAGAUCUUCUGAAAGGUGUUAAAAUGAUUGAUUUUAAGCCCGAUGAAAUUAUGUUGGAUAAUCAACCAGUGAACACACAAACUAAACCUGAGAUUAUCCCUGAUGAUGAUGAUACCAGUGAUAAUGAUGAUGCUAGUGCUCUUGACAAUGUAAAUGUAUAG